AUGGUGGCCGACGCCGAGUGGACCGCGAUCGACGCCACGAUCAUCCGGUGGUUCUUCACCACCAUCUCCAAGGACUUGUUCCACACGGUCGUGAGUGCCGGCGACGACGCCCGCGCCCUGUGGGUCAAGCUGAACGGCCUCUUCACCGACAACCAGGUUCAGCGCCGCGUUUUUCUGCAGCAGGAAUUUUUUGACUGUCACCAGGAUGAACAGUCCAUUGAUGACUACUGCCGCCGCCUGAAGACGUUGGCGGACGAGCUCCGUGACAUUGGAGCCAAGGUGGACGACGACCUCCUCCUCAGCAUGCUCACCGCCGGCCUCAACGAGGACUUCGGCAACGCCGCCUCUAACCUCACCUUGAUGCCGGAGCCCUCCUUCCCCAAGUUUGUGGCGUACUUGAGGUUGGAGGAGCGCCGGAUGAAGGGGGUCAAGAAGCGUGUGCAGCACCACGCCCUCGCCGCCGGCACCUCCCGCGGCGCCCCUCCAUCGACCGCCCCACCCACGCCGCGCCAGCAGCAGCCGCCACCAGCGCCUCCGGGGUACUUCCCCCUCCCGCCCGCGCCUCCCGCCCUUCCCGCUGCCCCCAGCAACCGGGUGGCGGGCGCCGCGGCAACCGCCGCGGGGGCGGCCGCAAGCAGCAACAGGCGCCGUGGGGGGGGGGGGCGUCAGCCGCAGCAGGCCCUCUUCGCCGCGUCGAACGCCGCUCCCUACAGCGGCUAUGGUACCGCGCCCCCGCCGGCGCCCGCCUACGGGUCCGCGCCGGCCUAUGGCGCCGCCGCCGCGCCGGCCUAUGGGACCGCGCCCUCCUACGGCGCCGCUACUGCUACGGCCUUCGGGGCUGCUCCCACGCCGGCCUACGGAGGGUUCUACCCUCCUCAGGCGUCGCCGCCGUGGGACCCGGCCUUGCUCGCCGCACUACACUCCGCCCCGUCACCGAGCUCCUAUGGUGGCGGUGGUGACUGGUACAUGGACUCGGGCGCCACUGCUCACAUGACUGCUCAUCCCGUCACUAAUCUUGUUUCCGUUCGUCGCCUUACUCGUGAGAAUCCCAUAACUGUUGAAUUUGACGAUAUCGGUUUUUCUGUGAAGGACGCCCGUACACGGAUGGUGCUCCACCGAUGUGAUAGCCCGGACGAGCUUUAUCCAGUGCAUCCCUCCGGCGCCACAACCACCCGUCGCCCCACCGCCUUCGCCGCCAGUUUGUUGCAUAGUGAUGUUUGGACGUCCCCGGUUGCUAGCAGCACGGGCUAUUUAUACUAUCUGGUGAUAUUGGAUGAUUUUACUCAUUAUGUGUGGACCUUCCCUCUCCGUCGCAAGUCCGACGCUCUUGCCACACUCACCGCCUUUUAUUCAUAUGUCACCACACAGUUAGGUCGUCCUAUUCUCGCUUUGCAAACUGACAACGGCAAGGAGUUUGACAACGUCGCCGUCCGCAAUUUACUUGCGUCCCACGGCACCAUCUUUCGCCUCACCUGCCCCUACACGUCUCAGCAGAAUGGUCGCGCCGAGCGCGUCCUUCGCACGCUUAACGACUGUGUCCGCACGUUGCUCUUCCACUCCUACGUGCCUACUCGGUUCUGGCCAGACGCGCUCGCGACCGCCAACCUCCUCAUUAACAUUCGCCCUUGUCGUUCCCGCUGGAACUACACCCCUCACCAGCUCCUCUUCGGUGCGGUUCCAUCUUAUGAUGGUCUUCGCAUUUUCGGGUGUCUCUGUUAUCCUAGCACCGCAUCCACUGCUCCUCACAAACUCGCGCCCCGGUCCCUUCCUUGCAUCUUCCUUGGCUAUCCUCCCAACACCAAAGGUUACCGGUGCUAUGAUCCAGUCUCCCACCGCGUUUUCACUUCGCGGCAUGUGUACUUUGAUGAGCUCGUGUUCCCGUUUCAGCAGGUACCGUCACCUUCGGAGUCUCCUGCGGCGCGGUUCGCCCCUUCCUCCACCUUUGGCGGACCGCCCAGCCGCGCCCCGGGUCCGGCCCUGCCCGCGCUCCCCGCGACGGCGGCCCCUGCCGCGGCCCACCACGCAGCGGCCUCCUCGGCCGCCCCCGCGGGCCCCCGUCGCCCUGGCCCCCUCGGCCGGCCCCGCCGCGGCCCCCGCCGUGGCCCCCGCGCCGGCGGCCCCUAG